AUGUCGUCGGAUGAGGAAACCAUCACAACUCUUUACUUACGGCGCCAGAACAUCUUAAAGCAGUUGAGCGAGGUUAACAACGAGAUAAGAACUGCUGAACAACAAAUAAACGAGAAGUCAAAUAACAAUGAAACUAGGAGGGUCGAGGAACUGGUAGUAAAAUUCGGUGGAGAUGAUGACCGGGAGAGUUACCUGUUGGAUUUUUGCAUGCGGGACGCCAACGGUUUGCGGGAAGCGAUCCGGUACGUCGAUGCAUUGAAAGCGCUGAAGGAGUGCACAAGUGAUGACGAAGUCAAUAGGAAAAAACACCUGUCUCGCAACACGUUCGUACACGCGAUGAUUGCCAGGUCGGGUGAGCUGAUGGUCGAUGCCAACGGGAGUGAGUUGAUCCAACAUGCCCUCGGGAUGUUGAAGAGUGGAGGCAAAGUCGCCCCUGUACUGUACUCCACAGACUACAUAGCGGCUUCAGAAAGCGAUCUGUCUGAGUUUCUUUUGCUUCUUGAGGUACUGAAGGACAAAAUACCUCAGAUCUGCUGUGAUACCAAUGGAAGUAGGGCGAUGCAAAAGGUUUUUGACUCCUUGAAAAGUUUGGAGGAGGUCGAGUUCAGCGCACAGUGCUUCUCGGAGUGUAUUAUCGAACUUUGCAAAGACAUCGACGGUAACCACGCGGUUUCGCGACUGCUGGCGGCGGCUCGAGGCACCCCGCUGUGGGAAAGUGGUGCUGCGGGUGACGAUUCUUCGUCAAAGCUGGCGCAUAUACACCAGCUGCUCUACGGCAAAUUCCCUGAAAGCUGCGUGGAUGUGUGCGGGAACCGACACGGAUGUUGCGUCAUUCAGAAAUGCCUUCAGUGGGCGCCAGAGCCAUACUUCUCAACAUUGAUGGACACAAUCGUCCACGAUACCAUCAAACUCGUUCACGAUCCGUUUGGAAACUAUGUGAUUCAAUUCAUUUUGGAUCAUGAGCAGGAGCUCUCGCAGCGGUCAAGUACAGGCAGCGAGGGGGCUGAUUACACAAACCGGAUAAUAAGGCAAAUGCUCCACAACGUGGCGGCACUUUCAUGCAAUAAGUUUUGCAGCAACGUUAUUGAAAAGUGCCUGAAGAGUGCGACACCAGAUGUGCGGCAGCUUCUUGUGGAUGAGCUGACCGAUCCGCAGAUCCUGCCGAAGCUCUUGACGGAUAGUUUUGCAAACUACGUUAUCCAAACAGCGAUAGUGACUUCUACCGAGGAGAAGCAGUUCACUCAGCUGCGGGACUCCAUUAUGCCACUGCAAAGGAUGCUUAAGAACUCUCCCCAUGGUGUGAAGGUGGAAUCAAAACUGGUGCGCCAGCAGCGUGAGCUGGCUCGAAAGAACGGCAAUCAAAAGAAUAAGAAACGAUGGGCCCAACCUGCACCGCAAGUAAUGGAGAAGGGAAUGCAUGAGGGUUUCAUUGGUACUCACAUACUCCCCGGUAUGGCUGGUAUUCCAACGAUUGUUGGAACGGAUGAGUUUGGUGGACCUGCCUUGUCGCUUCCGGGUGUAGCAAAAGAAGCGGUUCCCAUCAUGACUCCCACUCAAUACAUGCCUUUAAUGCUUCCGGGACAACAGACACUCAUUGGUCUGCCGCAGGGUUAUCCACAACAGCAGUUUCCAAUGGAUAUUAUGAAGGGAGGUAACAUAUGGGACCCACAGCAAGGUUUUACGUUACUGCAUCAUCCGGAAAGCAAGAAAGGAACAUAG